GUGAAUCAGGAUUAUUGUAAUCACUGUCACUGAGCAAAAUAUAGCGUAUAACAGUAUAUAUACUGUUUUCAAACAUUGAUAAUAUCAUUUUAUUAUAUUUUAUCAAAUAAUUAAGGAAUUUGUUUCAUAUAAAAGGUCAUUCAAAAGACGAGCAAGAUCUAAACUAAAAUCAGAAGACAAACUCAGAAAUACUGGAUCGAUUUAUUUUUAUAUAUGAUGAAACACCAUAUUCUAAAGGAAAGGUAAAAUAAUUAAUCAACUACACACAUUUGGUAACACCAGUAAUAUAUGAGAGAGUGUGGACAAGGAAGGUUCAUGAAAAUUUAAGUAUAUCGUAGAAAGGUUAGAUAGCUUGAAUAGCUUAAACAAUCGAACCAAUAUUCUCAUAUUGUUUUGUUUCUGGUAUAUCAGGAAAUGAAAACAUUAUUAAUUUAUAUUUACAUAAUCAAGGUACUAGCAUAUUCCGGAAGAUUUGCCGUAUAUGACAUAAAGGGCAUUUUCAACGCGUUUCAAUACAUUUUGAGGAAAAAAGAAGACAAUUCCCUAGGUAGCACUAUUCUUCAUGUUAAAAAAAGUAAUGAAUUAUGUGGAAUUAUGUGCGAGGAUGAGUUAUUAUGGAGGAAGGAACGUAAAAAGGAAGAGUGCCAAGAUGUGGUAGUUACAAAACAUCAGGGGAAGGCCAAACUUCUAAUUCUUCAGAUACAGCACUUCAAGAGAUUUUAUACUGUCGUUAGAUUAAGGCACUUUUUAGGUGUAUGGGUACCCGUAAGUAAAGGAUUAUACAAUAAAAUUGAUAAAAUUGUAUCUGGAAGGUUAGAUUACAACGACACAGAAACUAAAUUAGAGCUAACAGAAGAAUUUGAUCAAAUCAAAUAUUUUGUGAGCAAUUUUCGGGUCGAUGAUGAAAAAAGAACCAGGAUAUAUACUAGAUCAGGGUUUAAAAUAACCAAGGUUACCUACGGCGAUACUUUGGUAUGGGAAAAAAAUGACUAUCAAGAGGAAGUCAUCCAAAUAGAAAUUGUCAAAACAAAUUCCAAUAUACAACGUUUUUACAUAAGGUACGAAACUUAUUACGGAACAGCUGAUACUGUUUUUUUUAUAUGUGACCCUCAACCAAAUCAAGUCAAUAGAAAAGAUUAUUUCUUGGAUGAUGACGACGACGAUGACGAUAGUGAUGAUGAUGAUUUCCCUGGAGGAGAUGGGAGACUCAUUGGACCUACAGGAACAGGACUUUCAAGGCCAACUGGAACAUUACCAGCGCCUUCGGGUCAAACAAGUCAAACCGGAUCAUUUCAUAUUGCUAUAGGGUCGACGAGUUCCAGACCAACAAGCCCUAUUAAUUUUGGUCAAAAGCAACUCGUUCCAUUGCCAACUGACGCAAGGCCGCCGACUCCAAUACCGGAACCUCCAAAACUGCAAGCACCUGUGCCACCAGACCAUUUUCCUAAGGGCAUUCUUCAUCGCGUUGAAAUGGACAAUGCACAUAUUCCGUUGUCGGGUACACCAUCUGUUGGUAGGGGUGCUCUAGCUAAGAAGAUCCGGGCUACUAAAACAGCUGUUCCUGAAGUGGUUACUACAGCACAAUCUGCUCCAACUCAUUAUGUUCCAGGCCAACCUCUUUAUACACCAGCUGGAACUACUCAACCAAUUCAAGGACCACUACCACCGACGCAGCAAAUUCAAGGGACACAAGUUCCAUAUCAACAAAUUCAAUUACAACCAGUGCCAGGUCAACCAAUUGUAAGAAUUCCGGGACAACAACAACCUCAGACAAUUCAAUUACAGCCAUUGCCAGGUCAACCAGUUGUAAGAGUUCCUGGACAACAACAACCUCAGAUAGUUCAAUUACAACCAUUGGCAGGUCAACCAAUUGUAAGAAUUCCGGGACAACAACAACAACCUCAGGCAGUUCAAGGAAUACAAGUUCCAGGUCAACAAAUUGUAAGAGUUCCACUUCAACAAAUUCCUGGUCAGCCAAUUCUGAGAAUGCCGGCACAACAACCAACUCAGCCAGUUCAGAGACCGCAAGUUCCAGGUCAGGGAAUUAUAAGAUUACAAGUUCCACAUCAACAAACUCAGAUAUUUCAUGGAAUACAAAUUCCAGGUCAACCAAUUCAAUUACAACCAGUGACAGGUCAACCAAUUGUAAGAGUUCCUGGACAACAACAACCUCAGAUAGUUCAAUUACAACCAUUGGCCGGUCAACCAAUUGUAAGAAUUCCGGGACAACAACAACAACCUCAGGCAGUUCAACGGCCACAAGUGCAAGGUCAGCCAGUUGUAAGGGUUCCUGGUCAACAACAACCUCAGAUAGUUCAAGGAAUACAAGUGCCAGGUCAGCCAGUUGUAAGAGUUCCUGGUCAACAACAACCUCAGAUAGUUCAAGGAAUACAAGUGCCAGGUCAACAAAUUCAAAUACAACAAGUUCAAGGGCCACAAAUUCCACUUCAACAAAUUCAAUUACAGCCAGUGCCAGGCCAGCCAAUUGUAAGAGUUCCUGGUCAACAACAACCUCAGAUAGUUCAAGGAAUACAAGUGCCAGGUCAACAAAUUCUAUUAGUUCCGAGACAGCAACAACCAACUCAGCCAAUUCUGAGAAUGCCGGCACAACCCAUUCUCAGGCCAACAGGCCAGCCUCAACAUGGAAUUGGCCCUCAGAGACCUAGAUUAGGAGUGCCAAGUACUUUAAUACAACCUCCACCUCCUAGACCAUCUGGGUUUACACCUUAUAACAUAAUCCAGGGUAUGGGAGCACAAAGAUUCCCAACAGGCCAGGCAGUAAACAUAUCAGAACCUGUAUCGUCAUCUGACCCAACGACGUCAAGUUCAACACCAGGUAUCGAAGUGCAACCGCCAAUAGUAAUUGAAGACGAUAGUGAUUCAGAAGACUCAGAUGUUUUUGAAAUUCAUGAGAGGGAUGGUGGUGAAGAAGUUACGACAACCGGUACAAAUAUAGAUGAUUAUCUUGAUUUUUUAACCCAACAAGCUACUUGUUCUACUACAAAAACAUCAAGUAAAACGACAACAGGCUCAAAGGGAGUUCUCACAGUUACAUCAAGUACUCCAACACAGGGUCCUCCAUUUUCUUCUAGUACACAGUUGAACCUGUUUGUUGAUGCUGCGGUCAAUAGACCAACAGGGUUUGGACUAUCAGAACAAGGACCAGCCAGUAGUGCGGGAUCAGAAGGUACAAUAUCAAUAGCUGGUUCUGAUGACUUUAAUCCAUCAGAAGGUCAGGAAUGGAUAGAUAUAGACAAAAUUCCACAGGUUGUAACAACUGACUUUAGCUUUGAAGAAAUUGCUGAGUUAUCUCUUUCUUUAGCAUCUUCAGUUGAAAGUGGAAGUACAGGGAAGACACCUGAACAAUCUCCUUACGGGAAACCAGAGCUUUCAAGUGUUGUUGUUCGUGGUGUUCCUGGUCCCAGAUAUCCUGGUGGAAGCACGGUCAAACGUCCGUUUUACAAGGAAAGUGCUGGUACGAUCCCAGGUAUUAGACCAAGAAUAUUAACAGAUACUCAAAGGAUUAGAGCCCCAAUAUCAGGACCAGGUCACACUGAAUCUGAAUCUAGUUUGGAUGGUUCCCCGAGUAAGAAACGAAAGAGAACUGAAGAUGUUCCACAACAACCAACUAGUUCAGUUGGUAGCACAACUGCAGGAGGAAUGGGUUCUCAAUUAACUUACCCUGGGCAAAUUCCAUACCAACCAAGGCAUCCAACACAACAUCAGUAUGUACCAAGACCAAUGGGUCCAACACCGCCUAGCCAAACUCCACAAACUACAACUCCACAAGGAACAGGGUUUUAUGGGCCAACACAACAAACUCCGGGACAGUAUGGACCUAGUCAGACCGGCCAAACUCAACAUCCUGGAACUCCACAAGGACCAGUUAUGUAUGGCCCAAUGCAACAGGGACAACCUAGAAUGACGCAACCUGGUCAACCUCCAUAUCAUGGAACUCCUCAAGGACAAGGUCAACAUCAACCAGGCCAACCAACACAAGCUCAGUAUGUACCAAGACCAAUGGGUCCUACUACGGCUAUUCGAACACCACAACCUACAACUCCACAAGGAACGGGGUUUUAUGGACCAAUGCAACAAGGACAACCUAGAAUGACUCAACCGUCUCAAACGGCACAUCAUCCUAAUCAACAAACUCAACAUCCUUAUCCUCAAAGUACACCAACUCAAAGUCAAGGUACUUUUAUGUCAAUGUUAAACGACCAAGGUACGCAUUCUUCAGGUCAACAACAAACUCCCCAACCUCAAGUACAGCAAUUACAAGGGUACCAUCCUCAAAAUCAACCUAACCAACCUCCUUAUCCUAAUCAACAAUUACAAGGCCCUCAUCCUCCACCUCAACAAUCGAAUGGUUAUCAUGGAACUGGACAAGGUGGAGUGGGUCAACCUGGUCAAGUUCCUCAUCCUUCACCAAGUCAACAGGGACAAAGUUUUUAUGGACCAAUACAACAAGGGCAACCUAGAAUGACGCAACCUGGUCAACCUCCAUAUACUGGAACUCCUCAAGGACCUGGUAAUUAUGGACCAAGGCAUCCAACACAACCUCAGUAUGUACCAAGACCAAUGGGUCCAACACCGCCUAGCCAAACUCCACAAACUACAACUCCACAAGGAACAGGGUUUUAUGGGCCAACACAACAAACUCCGGGACAGUAUGGACCUAGUCAGACCGGCCAAACUCCAUAUCAUCCUAAUCAACAAAGUCAGCCAAUGAAUACGCAAUUUAGACCACCACAACCUGCACAAACUCAGCAUAUUCCAGGUCAACAAGGACAAGGUUAUUAUGGCCCAAUGCAACAAGCACAGCCUAGAAUGAGUCAACCUGGUCAACCUCCAUAUCAUGGAACUCCUCAAGGACCUGGUAAUUAUGGACCCAAUCAACCUGUUCAAAAUCACCCAUAUCAAGCGGCAUAUCAUCCUGGUCAACAAAGUCAACAACCAAUGCAAACGAAUUUCAGACCACCGCAAUAUGGGCAAACUCAGCAAGCUCCAGGCCAUCCAACACAACCUCAGAAUGUACCAAGACAAGUGGGUCCUAUUCCUCCUAUCCGAACACAACAUCCCCAAACCCAACAAGUACCAGGUAAUUAUGGACCAAUGGGACAAGGACAAUCUGGAACGGGUCAGCAAGGACAGGGCCAGUAUAAUCCCAAUCAACAGGGACAAGGUCCACAACAACCAACACAACAAUAUAGUCAUUACGCGCCGACACAACAACAACAAAGUGCACAAAAUUUAUUUAUAUCCGGUCAUACUAUGACAUCACUAACUGGAGAUACACAGGGUGGAGGCUGGCCGCAGCAAUUUCAAGGCACACAACAAAGUGGUAUACCAGGUCCAGAAGAUGAUGAUAGUAGUGAUGAAGAAUCGGAUGAUGAUAAUUUUUUUGUAACAGAACAAGCAGGAAUAAGUUCUGACGGACAAACUCCGUCAACACAGUUCCCAAAUGUUGGCACGGGGCCAGGUCAAUUUCCUCCAGUUGGGCCAACGCCGUCCGUUCAUCAUGCACCAAUUUUCACACCACCUGUAGGAGUACCACAGUCAAUAUAUGAGACUCAACAGUCUGGAGGACCACAACAAAGUGGUUCAAGCCAUUAUGUUCCAGAUGGAAGUAAAAAACAAAAAAGAAAGGAAAAACCAAGGAAAAAUGUUGGUCCUGGUGGUUAUGCACCAGUAUAUAGACUGCCAGUUGGGGAUGGAGAUGGCGGUGAUGACGUAGAUAGUGAAUGUUUUGAACUUAGUGAUAGUGACGACGACGAAACUACAGGAGCCAGUAAAAAGAAAAAGGACAAACAUGAAGAUCAAGAUAAAUCAGAACGCGUUAAAAACAUACUGAGACCAUCUUUACUAGGUCAAGUGAGUCAACUUCACGGAACAACUCAAGCUAUUGGUACACAACAGACUGGAGGAUCGGGUUCUACAGGUCCAGAUUCUGGAAAAUCGAAAAAAUCGAAACAAACAGAGAAACAGGGAACAGAUCAGAAUGCAUUACAAAAUAUUGAUCCGAAAGAUGUUAGACCCGAUGACGAUCCAUUUGGUCAAUUUAGAAAAGACGGAUUCCCACUAGACUUACUUGAGUUGGAUGAUAGUAAAAAAAAUUACGUUGUGUAUGUUGACAAUCCACUGCAAGUACCAGUCAUUAGAAUAAUCCCAUCAGAUGAUUCGUACAUUCAGGAGUUAAAUUUGGGCAGUUUAAUCAUAUGGAGGAGUGAAACUGUAAAGUGUGUUUCAGUAAGAUUAGUUGUCACUCAAUUUUUCUUUGGCGCUGUUGAAUUAACUUUAGUUACGCCGAUGCGGAAGAAGUUCCAUUUGUUCUUUAGAUACACUGAUGGUUACUACAGAGGUGUGGCACGUCCUAGGUUUAACGAGGCUAUAUACGAACAAGCGACAAGUGUUAGAGAAAUGAAAAAGUUAAGUAGACGUAUAGAUAAAGAAAUAAAGGAAGAACAACAAGCUAAAAAAGAAGCCUUGGAAGAAGCUGGAAGACAGGGACAACUAGUUGAAACUGAACAGGAAGAUGAUGACGGUUCGGAAGACAGAAGUUGGGACAUUCAAGAAAUAAUAGUAAAAGAGAAUGGCAACCACACGAACAUCGUCAGGGGACCAAAGAAUGUAACCCAGAGGAGAUAAUUGAAUAAAUAGAAAAAACUAGAAAACAAGAUUAGCUAAUAAGCAUGAAAAUUUCACUCACUAAAACAUUUUAAAUUGCCAGAAUAUAAAAGAGUAGUGUAAAAUAUUCAAAUGUACAUUAAGUUAAAAUUUUUAAAAACUCGAGGGAAUUUCCAAGGAACUUUUCUGGAGAUUUUAAAAAGAUGAUAAAAUCAUGUCAAAGUUAUAAAAUUAUAUGUAAAUGAGAUUCUGGAUAUGAACUAGAUUCCCCAUUGGAUUCUAAUGUCAAUAAAAGCUGAAAACUAGUACACAUUUAAAAUGUGUCAGUACAAUGCAGUUCGUUUAAUUAUAAUCUUUUCGUUUUUCA